GAGAAGCGAACGUAGAAGUCCCAGCGGUGUUUGUCCGGCUGUGGCUGCCAGUCCUUGUGCUGCUUUUGGUUUUUUCUCAGUGCUACGCAGGGCUUCUUCUGGCGGCCCUGUGGGUCCCGAGGGUCGGCCGCCAGGCACAGGUUUCCUAAAAGGAAAAAUGGAGGAAGCUCUAAAUCAAAUGCAGCCACUGAAUGAAAAGCAAGUAGCCAAUUCUGAAGAUGGAUAUGUAUGGCAAGUCACUGACAUGAAUAGACUGCAUCGGUUCUUAUGUUUUGGUUCUGAAGGUGGGACUUACUAUAUCAAAGAACAGAAGCUGGGCCUUGAAAAUGCUGAAGCUUUAAUUAGAUUGAUUGAAGAUGGCAAAGGUUAUGAAGUGAUACAAGAAAUAAAGUCGUUUAGUCAAGAAGGCAGAACCAUAAAGCAAGAGCCUUUGCUCUUUGCACUUGCUAUUUGUUCCCAGUGUUCUGACAUAAGCACAAAACAAGCAGCAUUUAAAGCUGUUUCUGAAGUUUGUCGUAUUCCUACACAUCUCUUUACUUUUAUCCAAUUUAAGAAAGAUCUGAAGGAAAGCAUGAAAUGUGGUAUGUGGGGUCGAGCUCUCCGGAAGGCUAUUGCAGACUGGUACAAUGAAAAAGGAGGCAUGGCCCUUGCUCUAGCAGUUACAAAAUAUAAACAAAGAAAUGGCUGGUCUCACAAAGAUCUGUUAAGACUGUCACAUCUUAAGCCUUCCAGUGAAGGACUUGCCAUUGUGACCAAAUAUAUUACAAAGGGCUGGAAGGAGGUCCAUGAAUUGUAUAAAGAAAAAGCACUUACUGUGGAAACUGAAAAAUUAUUAAAGUAUCUGGAGGCUGUAGAGAAAGUGAAGCGCACAAAAGAUGAACUGGAAGUCAUUCAUCUAAUAGAAGAACAUAGAUUAGUUAGGGAACAUCUUCUAACGAAUCACUUAAAAUCUAAAGAGGUAUGGAAGGCUUUGUUACAAGAAAUGCCUCUUACUGCAUUGCUAAGGAAUCUAGGAAAGAUGACUGCUAAUUCAGUGCUUGAGCCAGGAAAUUCAGAAGUAUCUUUAGUAUGUGAAAAACUAUGUAAUGAAAAACUGUUGAAAAAGGCUCGAAUACAUCCAUUUCAUGUUUUAGUUGCACUAGAAACUUAUAAAACAGGUCAUGGACUCAGAGGAAAACUGAAGUGGCGCCCUGAUGAAGAAAUAUUAAAAGCAUUAGAUGCUGCUUUUUAUAAAACAUUUAAGACAGUUGAGCCAACUGGAAAGCGUUUCUUGCUGGCUGUUGACGUCAGUGCUUCUAUGAACCAAAGAGUUUUGGGUAGUAUACUCAAUGCUAGUACUGUUGCUGCAGCAAUGUGCAUGGUUGUUACACGAACAGAAAAGGAUUCUUCUAUAGUUGCUUUUUCACAUGAAAUGGUACCAUGCCCCAUAACUACAGACAUGACCUUACAACAGGUUUUAAUAGCUAUGAAUCAGAUCCCAGCAGGUGGAACAGAUUGUUCUCUUCCAAUAAUUUGGGCUCAGAAGACAAACACAGUUGCUGAUGUCUUCAUUGUAUUCACUGAUAAUGAGACCUUUGCUGGAAGCAUCCAUCCUGCUAUUGCUCUAAAGGACUAUCGAAAGAAAAUGAAUAUUCCAGCUAAAUUCAUUGUUUGUGGAAUGACAUCAAAUGGUUUUACCAUUGCAGACCCAGAUGAUAGAGGCAUGUUGGAUAUGUGCGGCUUUGAUACCGGAGCCCUGGAUGUAAUUCAAAAUUUCACAUUAGAUGUGAUUUAACUAUAAACACCGUCAUGACCUAAGAGGUCCAUUGCUGUCGCUGAAAAUAUGCAGCUACUUCCCACCUAAUCUCAAUCCAGUGAACGAUGAUAGUGCAGUGUGUGCAUAAUUGAAAGUAACUUUACCAAAAAAAGAAAAAAAGAGAAAAAAAAAAAACUAGGAAGAAGGAAACAUAAAGAUGAGCCCAAAGUUCUAUCUACUAAACUAGCUCUUGGGAAAUAGCUUCAGGAUAUUACAGCUUCCUCUCUCUCAUAGAGAACUUUUUGUUAAUAGAUACUAUAAAAUAGUCAAACAGUUUUGCUCUGGUCAAUGAUACAUUUGUACUUCAAAAAGGUGAUAUCCAAAAGUAAGCAGUUCUACAUCAUGUUACUUAUUUGAGAAGUGCUUAAUGUUUUCUUAAAUGUUUUCAUUGGAAAAGGACAGCUUUGAUAAUACCCAGAUACUCUGAAAUGCACUAGACCAUAUAACUGUGAAGGAAUAUGAAACUCAUCUGUAAACUUUUAUAUAUAUGGGAUAAAAAACUUAAGACACAUGAUUAAAUUAUGAGUGAGUUUUACAAAUUCCUUUCAGAGUUUUCUAAGAUCAUAUAAAUAACAGCUUUCUUAUUCAAUGAAACAGAUAUUUUAUUCUUGAUGUUUUAUUUGUAGUUGUAGAAUCUGUUACCAUUAAGAAGAAACAUAAUGGAAAACCCUAAGAAUGUUAUAGGGCCUGAAGAGACUAAAAUAUGUGUUGAGUGUGGAAUUGGUUUUCAUUGUUUAUUGUGCUUUAUUGCUCUGAAUGAAGGCUGUAACUUGACAAUGACUUCCUCUAAAUAACAAUAUAGCCUCAUGUCGUCACAUUUUUGUUUUUCAUACUCACAAAUGGAAAUAACAUUUCAAGAAUUUAAGUUCCCUAUUCAUAAUCUUAACAGUAUAAUAAUUAAAAUGUCAACUGCCUUUUCCUUACUCUUAAGAAUUGUUUUAAUUACUUUUUCUAGUCAAUUAUAAAUGGGUUUUAAAUAUUUUCUAAUAGUAAACAUGUCCACAAUCCAUUUUUGUGACAGAACAUUCUUUUUUGAUAGGGUGAAGAAGUAGUAAAGCAAGCCAUGUCGUUCAGGUUUGAAAAGCAGUUUUUGAGUAGCAUAUUUUGAACUAACCAGUCUGUAGGAAAUUGCUAUUUUUAUGUUUUGUUUAUGUGCAUUAAACUUCCUUUACAUUACACGAACAUAUGCAUUAUUUUCUUGAACAAGUAUCCCAUCUUCAUUAGGAAGUUUGACAUUAAAGCAAUCUGUUGAAAUGUUAGUAUCUAUUCUCAUAAUUCUAUAAAGGUUGUCUAAGAUAGCUGUUACAUGUAAAACUUGCAUUUUUAUGCAUUGUUCUUUAACUAUCAAAUAAAGAUUUUUUAGGGUUCUUAAA